AUGGAUUUCACAGAAGCCUAUUCAGAUCGAUGUUCUGCCGUGGGGCUUGCAGCCAGAGAAGGAAAUGUCAAAAUGCUGAGGAAACUAAUCAAGCAGGGAUACAGCAUCGAUGUGCCAGACAACAGGGGGUGGGUGCCAAUCCACGAAGCUGCAGCUCACCAUUCGGGUGAAUGCCUGAGGCUGUUAGUACAUGCAGCCCCAUCAGAUGACUACAUAAAGUCCAAGACAUUUGAAGGAUUGUGUGCACUGCACCUUUCAGCACGCCACGGGUCUGUGGAAGGUGUUCGUGUUCUUCUGGAAGCUGGGGUUGACCCCAAUGAAAUUACCACCGAAGGAACCACCCCCCUGUUCCUAGCUGUUGAAAAUAGACAUGCAGACGUUGUAAAGUUUUUGCUCCAACAUGGAGCAAAUGUUGAAGGAUCUCAUUCUUGGUCUGGAUGGAAUUCUUUGCACCAAGCUUCUUUUCAGGGAUGCACUGAGAUAAUGAAAGUACUCCUGGAGAAAGGGGCAAGCAAGGAAUGCCAGGAUGACUUUGGAAUUACGCCUUUGUUUGUUGCUGCUCAGUAUGGGAAGCUGGAGAGUUUAAGACUGCUUGUGUCCCAUGGUGCAGACAUAAACUGCCAAGCGAAGGACAGAGCCACUCCACUGCUGAUCGCUGCGCAGGAGGGCCACACUGAGUGCGUGGAGCUGCUGCUCUCGAACGGGGCAGAUCCAAACCUCUUCUGCUCGCUGCCGAUCCACGCAGCGGCUGAGAUGGGCCACGCAAAGAUAUUGGAGUUGCUAAUACCAAUUACAGAUCGGAUCUGUGACAAAGGCGAAGGCAAAGUGAGCCCUGUGUAUUCAGCAGUAUAUGGUGGUAACAGAGAAUGUCUGGAAAUGUUACUUAAAGAAGGCUACAGCCCAGAUGCUCAGGAGUGCCUCAACUUUGGCUGCCGAUCACCCAUGUGUAUGGUCUUCCAGAAAGAGUUUUUUUAUUUCAUUGAUAUUUUCCUGAAAUAUGGAAUCACCUUGCUUGGGAUUAAUUUGGGAUAUUGCCUGUUCCAUGAAAAGUUUACUUUGUUUCAACGCUUCUUGAAGCUGGGCUGUUCGCUGCCUUCUGGGGACCAGUUAUCGGAGUUCAUAAGCUACACAAUUAAGGUGCACAAGGAGUACAAGGAAUGGCUGCCUUACCUCCUCUUGGCUGGUUUUAAUCCAGUGAAUUUAAUGUGCAGGUUUUGGAUUUUCUCUGUGAGCGAGAACGUCCUUAAUUUCAUCCUGGAGUUCACAAACUGGAAGAGACUCCCUCCAGCUGUAGAGCAAGACCUUUCAGACUACAAAGAGAAGUUCGCCUGGACUGCUAAGAGCCGUUUUGCUGUCAUUCCUUCCCUUUCCCAUCUUUGUCGUCUUGAGAUCCGGUCCGUUUUAACAAGUGAACAUCUGCGAUCAGACCGGUUUAUCCGGGAAUUGCCAUUGCCAGCUUGUCUCCAGGACUACCUUCUCUACUUAGAUGUACUGCGGGUCAACGCUAUCCCAGGAGCAGAGGUUUAUCUGGGGCAGGGAGAGGAGGCAGCUCCCUCUGCCAGUCACUGCGGCGCUGGAGAUGCAGAGAGGAGGGACGCCUGUAAUGCCAGUGCUAGGUGA